AUGAGGAUGUGGUGUUACGGACUGUCAGACUUGGGGUGGGGACAAAGCGCAGGUCCCGAAUACCAUGACCUUAAGCAGAAGCUUGAAGGGGCGAGACAGGCAGCCAAGGACGCGCAGCUUUCGUAUCAGCAAACUCUUCAACAAUCGAAUCUGGCCAUCCAAAACGCUAAUCCCGUCUUCCAACAACAACAACUCGCCUACAAUGCUCCAACGACGCCGACGCUAACACCACGAACCGCACGUUUGUGA